CCUCAAGCCUCCCAUGCACCUUCUCUACUCUCUCUCUCUCUCUCUCUCUCCACCAUGAUGGGGGAUGUAGAAGAACCCAACAGCGUAGAUAAGAGUGUCAACAACAAUGAGGAGGCCGAGAUAGUGAGGAAGGGACCAUGGACAAUGGAGGAGGACCUCAUACUCAUCAACUACAUAGCCAUUCAUGGUGAGGGGGUGUGGAACAAUCUUGCUCGAUCUGCAGGUCUUAAGAGAACUGGAAAGAGCUGCCGGCUUCGGUGGCUGAACUAUCUCCGGCCAGACGUGCGCCGCGGGAACAUCACACCUGAGGAGCAGUUGCUGAUCAUGGAUCUUCAUUCAAGGUGGGGAAACAGGUGGUCCAAAAUCGCAAGGCAACUCCCAGGAAGAACUGACAAUGAGAUAAAAAACUAUUGGAGGACUAGAAUCCAGAAGAAGGUUAAAGAUGGCGAAUCAGUCGGUUGUUCCAGCAGCCCAAUAACAAAUGAUGAAGGUAGCUCUUAUAACAAUACAGGCUUAAGAGUUGGCCUUGAGGAAGCCAUGGGAGCACAGCCAAGCCAUCCCAUUUAUCCAAAUGCCAAUCCACAAGAACCUUUCUUUCCUGCAUACAGUGAAAGCAAUCUUGGUGGGACAUAUUUGAGUGUUGAGGAUUUCUGGUCCACGCAGUCCUUCAAUGGCGUUCAUAGAGAUUCCUCAAUGAAUUAUGAUGCUUGUGGCUUUGACUGGUGAAGAUGACUAGUUUUUUUUUUUUUUUUUUUUUAUGUAUAAAUUGAUAUUAUGAUGAAUAUCUACAGUAUAAAUAUAGCUUUUUACUGCCAUGGCUUGUGCAAUUUAUAUGGGGCAGAUUUUUUUUCUCUUUUUUAAGAGUAAUGUAUUUGGUUGGGUUUAAGUAUGGGGUGGACUUGUCAGAUGGACAAUAGAGCCUGAGCAAUACUGUUUUUAACAAUGCAAAAAAAGCAAUAAAUAAUCUAUCAUGUGCAACAUGUGCAAGGGGAA